UCUGAAAGCAUACCAUUUACGAAAAUUGUAGUUCAAUAUCAUGAAUUAUGAUCAGAUUAGAAGUGCUCGAGAACGAAAGAAACAGAGGCCUCUAAAAUUUCUGGUUUUGUUGAACCAUGCAAGUAGCAGACCCGAAAGCUGAGGUAAUUGCGCUCUCACCAAAGACGCUCAUGGCGACCAACCGAUUCGUGUGCGAGAUCUGCCGCAAGGGGUUCCAGAGGGACCAAAACCUGCAACUGCACCGCCGAGGCCACAACCUUCCGUGGAAGCUGAGGCCACGAAACGGCGGCAGCGAGGCCAGGAAGAAGGUCUACGUGUGUCCGGAGCCCACAUGCGUGCACCACAACCCCAGCCGCGCCCUCGGCGAUCUUACCGGAAUCAAGAAGCACUACUGCCGCAAGCACGGCGAGAAGAAGUGGAAGUGCGACAAGUGCUCGAAGAAAUACGCCGUGCAGUCAGAUUGGAAGGCUCAUUCCAAGAUCUGCGGGACGAGGCAGUACAAAUGCGACUGUGGCACCAUCUUCUCCAGGAGAGACAGCUUCAUGACCCACCGAGCCUUCUGCGACGCGUUGGCGCAGGAGAACAACGAGCUUAGCCAACCCCUGAUGGCCACCAUGGCUUCGAGCUUGCAAGGGCAGGCUCCUCCCAGGCUGGUGAUGCCCAUCCAGCACACCAGCAACACCUCCUCCUCCACUACCGUCCCCGAGUUCAGCUAUGACAUGAAGAACCCGCCGGCGAUCGACGCCCUCGCCGCUUCAUUGGCAUCCCGCGACAUGGCCGGUGGCAUGUUUCCGAGCUUCUUGGGCAUCCCUUCCUCCUCCGGCCCAGUGAGCUUUGAUGGGCUAUUCGAGGCCCAAAUGCCAAGGCCUACGGCCGUGUCGGCGCACUCGUCGGCGACGUCUCAGCUGCAGAACGCCGCCCAGAUCGGCGCGACGCGGAGGGGCAUGGCUUCGGUGAUGGCUGGGAGGCCGUAUCAGUUAACCAGCAUCCAUGGAGGAGGAUUAGCCAACCUAUUCUAUGCUUCUUCUGUGCGUGAGACGGGCGACGGAUCCUUGAAGGAGAUGAUGGCUCGCUGUGGCAGUGGGGAUGUGAUGACUGUGGACUUCCUGGGCGUCGGGGGACAGAGGAGGCCACACAUGCAACAACAGCAGCAGAGAGAGCGUCACAACAUGGAGUUUGGAGGGGUUGUUCUUCGUACAGGGAUGGAGACUCCGCAUCAUCUGCAGCAGCAGAUGGCUUAUGGCCGCAGUGAUGAACCGGAGAACCCUGUUUGGGACAUGUGAUCUAUUAGAAACAUCAUUUCCUCUUCUUCUUGAAGCAUAUUGAUGCAUCAUGUAGAGUUGUCCAACAUUCCAGUGCUCAAUUUAGUCGGGUUUCAUUUUAACAAGUUUAUUUCGCUG